AUGGCCACACACCGCGAUGCCAAGUUCCCAGGGAAGCCCUACAUCGACCCGGCUCCCAUGCCGGCCAGCCAGCCACAUAUCGAUGAGCUCGGCGUGACCUCGGCCCCGCUCAAGUCCGCCAGCUUCUUCAUCGGCUCGCACUGCAAGGAUGUCAACGAGGACUUUAUGCUUUGCAAAAACGAGAACCGCGACCCUGCACACUGCCUCAAGGAGGGUCGCCGCGUAACCCGAUGUGCGCGUGAUCUCAUCAAGAAGCUCAGCGACAGCUGCGGAAAGGAGUGGGAGGCCCACUACCAAUGUCUGGAGCAGCACAACCAGGAGUUCUACAGGUGCAGGAAGCCAGAAAAGUCGCUCAACCAGUGUGUCUUCGACAAGCUCGUACGUAGUCUCAUCAUCUCCGCUUCUGCUUUGGACCCAGGUCUGACAAUGUAUGGUGACCCGCUGCGCUCCUCAUCACUGCUACCAGAAAUUGGCCAAGAACAUCCCGGGAUCGCCAGAAGGACAGGCGCAGGUCCACGAGAAGAAGAACCCCGUCUUUGGAUGAGCGCCUUCCCGCCACUGAUCUAG